GGGACAAUACACCUGUUCCGCAAAUCACAGAGAUCAUUGGUUGGAAAGUUAACACAUGAGUUUAGGCUUGUUGCAGCAGAUAGGAGGUCCUGGAAAAUCUUGCUGUUUGGUGCUAUAAAUUUAAUAUGUAUUGGUUUCCUGCUAAUGUGGUGCAGCUCUACAAACAGCAUAGCUUUAACUGCUUACACAUAUUUGACAAUCUUUGACCUUUUCAGUUUGGUAACAUGUCUAAUAAGCUAUUGGGUAAUGAUGAAGAAACCCAGCCCAGCCUAUUCAUUUGGGUUUGAAAGGUUUGAAGUUCUAGCUGUAUUUGCAUCUACAGUUCUGGCACAGCUUGGUGCUCUUUUUAUACUGAAAGAAAGUGCAGAGCGGUUUCUGGAACAACCUGAGAUACACACGGGGCGACUGCUGGUUGGUACUUUCGUGGCUCUCUUUUUCAACUUAUUUACAAUGCUUUCCAUUAGGAAUAAGCCUUUUACUUAUGUCUCUGAAG